AUGUCGCUCAACACGUUCACGCUGGUGCUGUGUGUCGUGUUCGACCCGAAGACGCACCCACUGCCAGACGAUUUCCGCAUCGAUGGCGAUAAUGACAACGAAGCGGCGAUAGAGAAGGCUGCCAAGAGUCCUAGCUGCAAGGAAGACAGUGCGCUCCCCAGUCCGGUCUUCGAAGCUAUGCACUCGCCUCUCGAAUGCAUCCAAGUGUCCAACAUGGGCGAGAUGCUGGCUGAGACCUCUGCUGGGCCGGUGUAG